GUUUUCUCUUGGCCACCAUCCUCAGUGAAAAGACUGCAGGGAUAAUGGAGUGGAUAGACAUUAACAAAACCUCGCUAAUAAUUUCUCUAGCGUCCAUAACGUUCAAUCCACUGGCAUGGAAUAUUGUGGCGCGUAAUGAAUACCGGAAUAAGUCCUUUACGCGUCUUUUCGGCGGUAAUGCAAAAAUUGCUUGUUAUUUCCUGGCACUUUUAAUUUUCUCGUUUGGUAUUCUUCGGGAUUCGCUUUACCACCGCGCACUCGCUGAGCAACCUACUCGUCCAAUCUUGCCUAAUGACGCGCCGUUGAACUUGCACAUUGUCGUUCCGGCCGUGCUUUUCGUUGUUGGACAGACGCUUGUGGUUACUUCGACAUGGGCACUUGGGAUUACGGGUACUUUUCUGGGUGAUUAUUUCGGUAUCUUGAUGGACCAUCGGGUGGAAGGGUUUCCGUUUAAUGUUGUCGAGAACCCGAUGUAUGAUGGAAGUACGUUGUGCUUCUUGGCUACGGCACUUUGGUACGAAAAGCCUGCUGGACUUGCUAUUACGCUUUACGUGUACAUCUGCUACCGUAUUGCACUUAUGUUCGAAGGUCCGUUUACGGCGAUGAUUUACUCAAAACGCGCGAACGGGGUUUCUAAAGCGAGCAAAAAGGAGCUUUAAUUCCUUACGGUUCUCACGACAGAGUGUUCAAAAGACAAUAGUUUUGCAAGGAGCAUAGCAUGCGUUGUUGUUGGCAACCUCUUCAAAUGACUGCGCUAGUUCUAUUGGACAUCUAGAGCAUUAGACUAGACUUCUACUUUAUGAAGGAAUAAUGAUACG